AUGUCUGCGCCUAGUCUCAUGAGAAAUAAAAUACUCGUAUUAGGUCGUCGUGACGAUGUUUCCAAGGACUUUGAGGAUCAUGCAGGAAAACGAGUUCCGUGGAAAAUAGUGACCAAAUAUUAUACAGCACAAGUAGAAUUUUGGAUUGAUGAAACGGUUCAAAAAGAGUUAGUAGACGCUGAAGUGAUCAAGGGGUAUGAGAAUGAAGAGAAUGGCAUCGGUAAUGUUGUUGAUGCGAUUUUAUUUGUAUUUAGAAAAGAUCAGCCAUCAACAUUCGAUGAUAUCCACUCGUAUCUGCCAUUUAUACGAACAUAUGAACCAUCGAUAAUUCUUGCAAUUGGUACGGGUAAGAUUGAUGCGAAUGAUACUACAAAUAUAUCACAUGUGGGUGAGGACACGUUCGAGAAUUGGUGUUUAGAAAACGGAUUCGAAUAUGUUGAUGCGGAAGAAGAAGAACAAGAAAAUGGUGGUACGGUUAUGCAACUGUUGAGCAAUACUGUGCUUGUAUUUAAUUAUUCAUAUCAA